AUGUUUGAAAAUAAAUAUAUAGAUAAAAUCAAUACUUUAGCAUUUAAAGAAUCUCCCAAAACACUUUUAGAACUAAUUACUAUUUUAAGGAUUUAUGAUAAGUAUAGAGAUGAUGAAUCAAUUAGAAUUUUUACUGCAGAAUAUUUCACGCGUUACCACAGUGAUAAAUAUCUUCAUUAUGUGGAUAAAAAAGGUCACACUGAUUUCAUUUUAAAUUGUUUCUUUGAUGAUUCAAAAGAAGUUUUUACAGAAAUGAGUGGAUAUAAACCUUAA